CUCUGAGGAGGUGAACCCCCACUACUGCCUCAAGAAACGCCACAUGUUCAGGGGUGCGGUGUGUGAGUUGGGAGGAGGGAUGACCUGUCUAGCAGGGCUCAUGAUUGCCAUUUGUGCUGACGUGAAGGAAGUUCUGUUAUCAGAUGGGAACGAGAAGGCUAUUCAGAAUGUGCGUGGAGUCAUCGAGAGAAACAGGCAGGCCGGUGUCUUUGGCUCCACAGAUGUUUCCAGCAGAGUGGUCAGGUGGGACUGUGAAACAGAUGUCACAGCGCUGGAGGGACACUUUGACAUCGUCAUGUGCGCAGACUGCUUGUUUCUGGACCAGUACAGAGGCAGCCUGGUUGAUGCAAUAAGGAGAUUACUGCGACCAGACGGUACAGCCCUGGUGUUUGCCCCCACUAGAGGAGACACUCUGGGGGAGUUCUGUCAGCUGGCCGAGGGGACGGGGCUCCAAGUCUGUCGCUAUGAGAAGUAUGAUAAACAGGUGUGGGAUCUCCACUUAAAGAUGCAGAUUGGAGGGAAGGAGGCAUAUGAUGACAACAUCCACUACCCUCUCCUCAUCACCCUGACCCGAGGAGCCAGCCCCACCCAUCUUCAUCUCCUCUGAGACCCGGCUCACCAUCCUCCCCUCGCUGCCCAGCCUCUUGCCAAUCCGACUCCCAGGGUUAGAGUUAGGCCGUCUAGCUUCCUGGCAGUCCUGCACACCAGUACUUAUGCCACUGUGUCCCUGGCUCACAUAGGGGUCACGGUUGAUGAGAUACAAGCUUGGGGAUGAAUUGUUUGAUUUGUUUCCAGUAUAUAUUUCUUGUAUUAACUCCACUCACACUGUUGUGAGUUCAGUAUUACUAUUACAUAACAUUACAGAAUAGUUUUUUCUUGACUUUUGGAAGUUUUGUGGCAAUGCUUUGAAGAGUGUGUGUAUGUUGUGAUGACGACAUGUUGUGUGUGGCUGAAUCGGUCUCUGAUCACUUGCGACCUUGUUACUGUGCAAUACAACAAUGUGCGAUGUGCAAAACCGAAUGGUGGAGAUUUCAGGUUUCCCUCGCAGCCUCAAUGAACUGUCAACACUGAGAGGACUGAAGCAUACAUACAGAAUCAGUAGAUAAUGUUCUGAUGCGCUAACCAAGUAGUAUGCUAACAACGUUUAUGUAUAUGGGCAUACCGGACAGUGUCUUUCACUAAAAGUCUAUAAUGAACUUUUAAUUUAUGAAUCAACAGGGUUCAGGUCACUUCGAUCCAUGCCCAGUACCCAUCCGAACAAGUGUUUCUGAGUGCACAUCAAACUGAAAAUAUUCUUCUGAUUUGUCAUCUGUGCUCUGCAGAAGUGUCUUAAACCAAAGGCAGGGUUCCACAGAGUUGAAUUGCGAUAUGUGGUUCACUGUGAAAAGUGCUUCUCAGCCAAUACCUCUCUGAGGUUGAGUUUCCCAAAAGCUUCGUAGGACCCAGAUCUUUAGACCAUUGCCUACAAAGCUUCCAAUUGCCUCCAAUGGAUUUUCGGAGAUCUUAAUGCUGCGAAGCUUUUAAGAAACUCACACCUGGUCUCUUGCUCAAUGCGCUCAGCUCUAUAAGCCAAGACCUUCUACACUGUCUCCAGCUGAAACUGUGUUACUGUGAGAUUAACAUGAACAACAUGAUUCCACAAACUCACUGCUAUAUUUGACGUUUGUCCAUAAAACGCAAACAUCAAGUAUUAUUUCUACCCACCACUCAGCAUUAUGGUCUUCAACUGACUCUGGUCUACAGACGCUGUGCUCUUUACAUCCACCAACCUGUACUCUAACCACAAUUGUAUUAGACAUGGAUUGAUUGAUUGUUUUAUUAGAGUCUCAGGUGGUUUUAAUAACUGUCCACUAAAAACAUACUGCUAUACAUUACAGUCCUCUACUUUUAGAACUAAUGUUCUGUUCUGUUUUAAUAAUAAUAAUAACCUCCGAAAAUAACAUUGUCAUAGUUGUGAUAUAAAAGUUUUAACCCUUUUUGGAUCCCAGGAAGAGUUCAUGGGGAUCCUAAUAAAUACAAAAGAAC